AUAAGUGACACAUUCAAGUGUGGAACCGUAUAUACGUUGUGAUCCAAUAUUUAAAAUGUUUCUAUAUCUAGUGUGCAUCGGUAUAGUGCUGAGUAUGGCACUAUUCAGAUUGAAAAGAAGACGAUUGCAUAGAUUAGCUUCAGAAAUUCCAGGCUCGGACGAUGAACUGCCAUUCAUUGGCGUCGCACAUAAAUUUACUGGGACUACUGAAGAUAUAUUGACCAGUUUACAGAAGUAUAGUUACGAGGCUAUGAAAAAGAAUGGAAUUCUUCGAGGUUGGAUUGGCCACAUGCUUUAUUUCAUUGUUAUGGAUCCGAUUGAUUUAGAGGUAGUACUAAAGAAUUGUUUAGAGAAAGAUGAUCUGCAUCGAUUUUUAAAAAAUGCUAUUGGGAAUGGCGGAAUAUACGCACCAUUGCCUAUCUGGAGGAGACGACGAAAGAUCAUGAUGCCGGCUUUCAGUUCAAAAAUAGUAGAUACCUUCAUAGAAAUAUUUUCGGAACAGAGUGAGAAGUUGGUUUCAAUGCUUGCUAAAUAUGCGGGCAAAGGUGACGUCACCAUGGAGCCUUUUCUUAGUAGAUAUGCAUUGGACUCUAUAUGUGGCACUACAAUGGGAAUAAAAUUAAACGUUCAAAACGAUCCUGAUAACCCUUUUUUAAAAGCUAUGAAAAAUAUCCUCAAUUUUGUUUGUAAAAGAAUUUUCCAUCUGUGGCUACAACCAGAAUGGCUCUACAAGCUCUUCCCUCAGUACACGGAGGAAAAGAAGUAUUUGAAGGAAAUGCACAAUUUUGUAGAUGAAGUAAUACAAAAGAAGAGGGAAGAAAUCAUUAAGGAAAAGUACCUAAAAUCAGAAGUAGAUCGUAGUUUUGAUAUACGUAAUUACAAGAGUCGAUCGUUCCUCGAUCUUAUGAUAACAUUUUCUGGAGAUGAAAACGCUUACAAUGAUCUGGAGCUGAGAGAGGAAAUAAUGACAUUAACAAUAGCCGGCACUGACACGUCAGCUGUGUCAAUUGGGUACACAUUGAAGUUGUUAGCGAUGUAUCCAAAAGUGCAAGACAAGUUAUAUCAAGAAUUACUAGAUGUUUUCGGAAAUUUCGAUCGACCAAUAGUUAAAGAGGACUUGGCAAAAUUAGAGUACUUGAAUCGUGUUGUGAAAGAGUCGCUAAGGUUGUUUCCACCUACGCCCUUUAUUAUUAGGAAAGUUUUAGAAGACAUUUACUUACCAUCUGGUCGAACUCUUCCUGCCGGGUCUGGUACAGUGGUCAGUAUCUGGGGUUUGCAUCGUGACCCCAAGUACUGGGGUCCGAAAGCUGAGUUCUUUGACCCCGACAGGUUCUUGCCAGAUAGGCUCGACCUCAAGUACUCCUGCUCCUACAUGCCGUUUAGCAGUGGACCUCGGAAUUGUCCAGGUUCUCAAUACGCGUUAAUGUCAAUUAAGACAGCGCUAUCGGCGAUAGUGAGGCGUUACAAGAUUGUUGGAGAAGAGUCCGGCCCUGUCCCACAUAUAAAGUCCAAGAUUGACAUCAUGUUGAAAGCUGUAGAUGAUUAUAAAAUUAGUUUAGAGAAAAGAGUUAGUAUAAACUCUGAAAAUGUUAAAUAAUACAACUUUAUUUAGAGUUUAAGACGUCUGUUAAUCUGAUUUUAACCCAAUUAGAUAAACUUAUAUGGAAUACAUUAACAUUCGGUUUAUAUGGUUAAAAUUUAUCUGAAGGAAAAAGUGAAAGUAGAAUCUGUUUCCAAUGUAGGUAAGAAAAAU